GCACACCUCCAUUGGGAUUUGACGACCGUUACGUCGUGCUCGCUGUGAUGGUUGUUGCUUUGAUUGUUGUACGUAGCCUAGCAUGUUUCCUUAGUUAACAGUGCGAUUUAACGACGAUUAAACAUCCAUGAAACCGACAGACUCGGAUGAAGAUGAAGCAGAGCACCCGAGCUCCAUGCAUAAGGAGCUGAGGCGUAUGUUAAUGUUUUGUCGUGCUACGUUUGCUAACCUGUUUGAAUGGGCAGCUCAAGAGACCGUCGUUGGAUGAGCGGGCCAACCAAAGCAUCCAGCAUCUGAGCAGUGCUCCGCUGCAGCUGGACCCUGAUGGAGAUGAGGUGGAGGAGGUCAGAGGUGGUGAUGAAGACCAUUAUACAACCAUGGCCGAAGAGGACAAGGCUGCAUGGAACCAAAAGUCACAGAGUGAAGCAGUUAAUCAGCUGAAGAGCCUUCUGCUGAAGCAGGGCAGAGAAAUUCCCACACCUGUCUCCCCUUCCAAGAAACAGUCUCCAUCCAAGGAGGGGAUGUCCAGUUUACCUGCCUUUCAGGAUUUGGUUCCUGUAUUUCACAAGUCAGAAUACAUCCAACAUCUGGAAGCUGAGGUUAAAUUCUGUAAGGAAGAGCUGCAGGGAAUGAAACAGCGGAUCAGAGUAGUGGUGAUGGAAAAUGAGAAGUUACGUUCAGAACUGAAAGCCAAAGCUGUGGAUGAAUCCCUAAAAGAUUACACGAUCCGAAACUCCACGAUGAACGAAGUCAUCGACAACAGCCACGUAGCCUCCAUUCGAGACCACAGUGUGCUACAGAAAGAAGAACACAACACAUGGAAAAAUGAGCUGGAAAAACUGAAGGUGAUCUACCAGGCCCAGAUGGAAAGCUUGGAGGCGCAGGUCAUCUCUCUCAGAAAGGAUCUGUCAGUCAGUCAGAAGGAGUGCGAGGAGGUGAAGCUUCGCCUGAGACACAGGGAGAAGCAGGCUGCAGAUGCACUGAAGGCUGAUGGAGCUCCUCGUGUGGCAGGAUUGUGCCUGAAGUGUGCACAGCACGAAGCUGUGUUGGCUGGGACUCACACAAACCUGCAUGUCCAGGCUAUUGACAGGCUCACAAAAGAACGUGAUGAGUUGCUGGUGGCUCUGCAUGCUGUGAGGACGAGUCAGCAAGAGACACAACAGAGGGAGUGGUCAGCCUGUCUCCAGGUCAAACAGGCUGUGGAGAUGGCAGAGGAAGCAAACCUGCAGAAAGCUAGGGUGGAGGUGCAGUGCGAGCAGUUGUCCAGGGAGCUGGCUCGACAGAGAGAACAGCUUGACCGAGACGCACACGGUUUGCAGCAGAGACUGGCUGAGGCCAGAGAGGAGGGCCGAGCAGAGGCCCGCAAACAAAAAGAGGAGCUGGCGAAUAUAGUGUCUGGCCUUUCCCAGCGUGUCGCUGAGUUGGAAGGACAGCUAGACAGAGCUCUCAGAGACAAGAGUUCACUGACCAGUCAGCUGGAGGACACUCUCCGCACACUUACAAGCCGGGAACAAGAAAACACAACGGUAUGUGUGGAUCUGAGAUAUCAGCUCAGCCAGGCUACGCUGAAGAAACAGGAGGCUGAACGAGAGCUCAGAGAGCUCAACGCCAAGACCAGCAGACAGAUGGAAAAGGCAGCACAGGAAGUGGAAAGGCUGAGCUCAGAGCUGGUUGGCUGUCGGCAGCAUCUGGAGGCGGUCCAAAAGGAUGGGAGCCAAUGGCAGGCCGAAGCCCUGAGCCUAGCAGAACAGCUGGCAAAUGCCCAGCGCCAACUGCACCUCACCAGACAGGACAGAGAGGGUGCAGACCGGGCUCACGAAGAGGAAAUGGCAUCUGUGACUCUUUCAGCUCGGGAAAGGGAGCGAGAGCUGACUGUGAUGCUGCAGCAAGCAGAAGCCGAACACCUGCAGAGAGCUGGAGAGUUGGAUGGUCUCCUGAGUUCCCAGAAUUCCCUCAUUGGGAGGCUGAAGGAGGAGUGCUGCAACCUGGGGACCAAACUGGAAGAGCUGGCUGAAAAAAGCAGAAGUGAGCUGGAACAGCUGGCAUUGGAGAAACAACACUUGGAGGAAACGGUGAAGAAUCUGAGAGCUCGCUGCUCGGAUAUGGAAGAACAGUGUGUCCAGCACGGUCGCAUGCACCAGCGCAUGAAGGACAGGCUGCAGCAGUUGGACCGUCACUGUCAGAGCAGCGCCCAGCAGGUGUGUGAGCUGCUGGCCAAACAGAACCAGCUGAUGCAGGAGAGAAACACACUGAGCGAGGAGAUGCAGAGCCUACGCAUCGAGGUACAAACACACGAACACACAGAGGAGUGUGCGAUUGUGCGUGUGACUCACUGUUCUGAUACUAAAUGAAUUUGUAGUCGUGUCUUUUCUCUCUGGGAGCACGCUAAGAGUUGUCAGUUUACCAAGAAUAAAAACCAGUAAGAAGACAUUUGUCCCUUCGUGACUAAUGAUUCUGUCUGGUUCUGGAUUUGCUGAAAAACAUGUUGUCUGUAUUCUGCUGUGAUUCAUUAUCACAGGGUGUGUUUGUGCGCGCCUCUGUGUGUGUUCACAUACACUUCUCACUAUGUGUUGUGUGUUUGUCUUUCAAGCUGCCGAACAUGAGACGAACUGAGACUCUGUCCACAUGAGUCUGUCUCGCCGGUUUCCCUUCAUCGCUCCGUGGAUCACGAUGUUCUGUUCGUUUGUCAACAGGAAAACAAACUGUUGUUUACUUAGAGGAUAUUUAUGUCCUCUAUUCGGUAUUAAUGUGGAUUGUGUUCAUGUAACUGGGUUUUUUGUGGUAGUUUUUUGUCUCGUGACUGAGUGUAAUUAUGAUUGAUAGGUCAAGUGAGUAUUCAAAGUAUGUUUUUUUUCCCCUCACAGCUUAGAAUCCAUUUUAAUAAAUGAAAGCUCAGUCCACUAAUGAGCUUUCUGAAGUACUACUUCUUUAUAUAGAAAUGCUAACAUGAUGCACAACUCAAUGUCCAAUAGGAAGUGUCCUGGAUUAAAAACUGUAAAGAUCCUAAUCCAAACUUUACUUCCAUUACAGGAUUUUAUUUGCUGGGAAACUUCGAGCAUAAAGUGCCUCUGUAAACCUCUGCCAUACUGGACAUAGACUUGAUUUAUAUUAAAGAUUGUUAUGAUGUGUGCAAGGCGCACCCCCAACACUCAUUUUGUGAGUUUUUAGUGAACAUUGGGUUUUUUUGCCCUGUUUAGACUGAGCUGAAACUUCGGGGCGGUCCACAAAGCGAACAAAAAGUCGACACGAUGGCAGCAGAUUGACAUAGUGCUUUAUUGAAGCUGUCUGUAAGAAGGAAAAUAAUGUGCAUCCCUAUCAUAUACAUUUUAUGUGUAAAAAUACUAAGGAUGUACAGAGUAAAAAAACCAGCUUCAUGUUGAUGGUAAUUUGUUGUUUUCACAUCGUGGCGGGCUCACUGGCCAGCAGCUCUGCAUCUGCACGGAGCACAGAAAAAGGCAGUUUGAUCCGCUUUUCUGUGAAGCUCUCCAGAGUUUCCCCGAUGCCGUGUCAGAGUCUACGCCAUCUCUGUGCCUUCGACGAGAGCGGCGACGACCUCGGCCGCGCAGCGACUCGGGAAAACGCGGCCCACUCUGCCGAACAGCUGGAAGCUGUCCGCAAAUGUCUCAUGCAACUGUAAAGCUACAGUGGAUGGACAUGGCAUCAAAACCCAGUUAUACUGUGUAAUAUUUGUACAUGUUUGCUGUUUUGUUUUUUUCUGUUUGCCGUUUAUAAAUAAAUGCAUCUCAUGCUUGUUUAUGUUAAA